AAAUGUUCAUUGUUUAGUUUAAAUAUUUCAAUCAUCUAUUGAAAUUGAAUAAAAGUAAUUUUAUUUAAGAAGAAGAAAGAAAAAUAGGCGAUAGAAUAUGAAAUUAAUUUAUUUUUAUUUGAUUACAUGUAUACUAUUAAUUUAUAGUGAUCAAGGAUUUUCACAUGAUGAUUAUGAUGACGAUGCUAGUUCAUUUUUCAAUAAUGGAAAUGAUUUAUAUGGUGGAUAUUAUUCAGGAAAUUAUGAUGAUGAUCAUCAACAUCCUCCACCACAUAAUCCAGAUGAUGGAGAUCAAUCACCACCACCACCACCACCACCAUCACCACCUCGGCGUCCUGAUGAUGGUCAACAACAACAAAUGCCUCCACCACCUCCUCGUUCGCCUCCUCAAAAACCUCAAGGACCAGAACGACCUGAUGGUGACGGAGAUCAUCAUCGGCCAUACAAUAACCGCAGUCAUCAUCACCGAUAUUAUGAUGAUUUAGAUAGAUAUGAUAUGGAAGUGAGAGAUUUAGUUUUCGGUGGAUAUCAUCAUCAUAAACCAAGAUAUUAUGGAGAAGGUCAUGGUUUAAAAGGUGAAGAAGCUUAUGGUAAUACACCAAAAGAUCCUACCAAAUAUGAUCGAUAUGGGAAUUAUUUACCUGAUUAUCUCAAACAACCGCAAAAUACUCCACCGCCUAUACCUAUUCCUAAUGCAUUACAAAACGGUAAUGGUGGAUCAAACGAUAAAGAAUCUAAUGGUCACACACCAAAAGAUCCUACCAGAUAUAAUCGAUAUAGGAAUUAUUUACCUAAUAAGUACGUAGAUCCGGAAAAUCUUCCACCACCUAUACCUGUAUCUGACGCAGGACAAAACGAUAAUGAUGGAGGGGAAAAUGAUAAACCCGAUGAAGAAGAAGAGAAUGAAUCUAAGCCGAAAAAAUAUGUUAAAUAUAAGAAAUAUAAACCGUCAACCAAACGGGUAUCAAGUAAGAAAAACGGAAAAUCGAAAAAAUACGGAAAGAAAGGAAAGAAAGGAAAGUAUGGAAACAAAGGAAAGUAUAAAAAAUAUCGAAAUAAGUAUACGACAGAAGCGAUGCCACAACCAACACCAUAUCCAGAAGAGCCAGUUCCUCCACCAAAUGAGGAAGACAACGGAGAUGGCCAAGAAUAGCGAUAGUGGUAAAUACAGAUGAACCAAGCGCAAAUGAAGAGAAAAUGAAAAAUGAUCUUUAUCUUAAGCUAGUAUGAAUUGUUGAUACAAAUGAACUGUUAUAAUAAUAAUAAUAAUAAUAA